AUGCGCAACCUCAAAAACGUGCGCCUCGCCGAGGUGCAGCUUCAGAAUGAGAUUCCUCUCACCUCUACGGCAUGGGAUACGGCUUCCGACGCUGUGAUUUGUACAUUUGGUCCGACGCAGGCCAAUCCAGUCAUUGAGCUCAGGCGAAAGCGACAGGAUGCAUAUUUUUCAGACCCAGUAGGGGCCGAUGUGUUUGAAUGUAUCGCAUCCUGGGAUGCGCCCUGUCCGCUACCAGAAUUGCCCUGCGAUCGUGUUCUUUCGCUACAUUACUUCGCCGACAACCUCACUGCGUGUUUGGUGCUGGAAGGAGGGGACAUUGUCAUCGUGCGCGAGGAUCCCCUCCCCGGUGAAGACAAGAUCGAGAUUGUGGGCUCAGUCGAUGUUGGUAUCACGGCAGCUGCCUGGUCUCCGGAUGAGGAGCUGUUGGCUUUGACCACGCGGGCCAACACGCUCCUGUACAUGACGAGAGACUUCGAAAAUGUGGCCGAUAUCACCUUCACCCCCGAGGACCUCCAGCAGUCCCAGCAUGUGUCUGUGGGCUGGGGUAAAAAAGAAACACAAUUCCAAGGCAAGAGAGCCAAGGCUCUUCGUGACCCUACAGUUCCCGAAAAGGUGGACGAGGGAAAACUAAGCAACAACGAUGACGGGCGGACUACAAUAAGUUGGCGAGGAGACGGUGCUUAUGUGGCUGUGAACCACAUUGAGUUCGGCAUCCGCCGUUCCAUCAGGGUAUACUCGAGAGAAGGGACUCUAGACAGCGUGAGCGAGCCAGUCGAUGGUUUGGAGGGUGCUCUCAGUUGGAGACCCUUUGGCAACCUCAUUGCGGGUAUUCAACAACGCGAAGAUAGAGUUGACGUUGUAUUCUUUGAACGAAAUGGCUUGCGUCAUGGAGAGUUUAGUCUCCGUUUGACGGAGGAGGAGAGAACGUCAUGGGCGUCCAAGAUUGAUCUCGUUUGGAACGUCGAUUCGACAGUUCUCGCAGUCCAAUUCCAAGAUCGGAUUCAGUUAUGGACAAUGGGCAACUACCACUAUUACCUUAAGCAAGAGGUCCCUGUGGUGGUACGCCCCGAGUAUCCGUACCAUUUUGCCUUCAAGUGGCACCACGAGAAAGCAUUGCGCUUUGUCGCUGGCGCUUCAGAGUCUAUACUAGACGUGGAAUUUGUCUUUGAUGUCUCGCACAGUUCGACGGCUGCUCCAGGGGAUGUCGGGGCUGUUGCUGUUGUCGAUGGGAAAAUCUUGAAAUUGACACCCUUGAGAUUGGCGAAUGUCCCUCCCCCGAUGGCUCACAAUGAAUUGACAUUAGACUCAAACGUUAUCGAUGUCGCGUUUAGCAAGUCGGGAGCCCGGAUUGCGGUUCUCACAGAAGACAGCUUCUCUAUCUUCCUAUGGUCCUUUAAGACCCGACCCAUUGCUACUCCUAUACUUGAAUCAAGCUAUCCGUUGUCCAAUGCACCUAGCAGCCGACCCCGACAAAUCGCAAUUAUCAACGAGAAUGAAGUGUAUAUUAUGAAAAGCAGCGGGCUCAACAAUACUGAUAUUGAGAGAACGGCAUUAGAGACACGGAUAACCAGCGUCAUUCACCAGACAGCCGGCUCAGAGCAGCUCGUUUCAAUAUUUCCCUCGCUUAACCAUGAAACAGUAUGGUUUUCACAUAUUAGCACGUCCGGCCAACCGAUUUCCUACUCUUAUAUCAGUUCUCCUUCCCCAAGUGAACAUGACAUUGUUCCCUAUACUCAAAGCCCUGCAGUUGAAACUUACUGGGCUAAGGCUGCUCAGAUCGCUGAGGACGAGCAUGUUUUGGUUUCUUUGACAAGGGCCGGUGCUCUGUAUGCGAAUAAUACUUUGCUCGCCAAAAAUUGCACAUCCUUCCUCAUCACCCAAGCCCACGUCUUAUUUACCACUUCCCAGCAUCUUCUAAAAUUUGUUCAUUUAACUAAGGCAGAAGACAUGGAUAUUCCUCCCGAUACCCCUGAAACAGAUGAAAGAUGUCGAAGCAUAGAACGCGGAGGGCGGUUAGUGACCGUGAUCCCAACUACGUUCGCUGUCAUCUUGCAGGCGCCUCGGGGUAACCUCGAGACCAUAUAUCCUCGUGCUUUGGUGCUGGCAGGUGUCCGGGCUUUUAUUGACAGGAAAGAUUACAGGUCUGCGUUCCUUAGCUGUCGCAGCCAGAUGGUGGACAUGAACAUUCUCCAUGACUAUGCCCCCGAGCAAUUCAUGGAAAAUAUUCCACUAUUUAUUGACCAAGUUAAGAGGAUUGAUUUCAUUGAUGAAUUUCUUUCUCGAUUGAGGGAGGAGGAUGUCUCGCAAACUCUCUACAAAGAUACACUACAGACACCCAAGGCUGAUGAUACUCCCGUCAACCCCGCUAGCAAAGGCAGCAAGGUGAACCAAAUAUGCGACGCAUUUCUGGUCACUCUGGAGAAGCGAAUGGACACCAAUCUUCAGAACCUGAUCACAGCACAUGUGUGCAAGACGCCGCCGGCUCUUGAGGCCGGACUUCAGUUGGUUGCACGCCUGAGGGAACAAACUCCUGAACAAGCGGACGAUGCAAUUGAGCAUAUGUGCUUCCUGUCUGAUGCCAAUCGCCUGUAUGAUACUACGUUGGGACUCUAUGAUCUUGACCUCACGCUGUUGGUAGCACAGCAGGCGCAGAGGGAUCCGCGAGAGUAUCUUCCAUUCUUACGGAAGUUGCAACAGCUUCCUGAACUCCGACGAUAUUUUGAAAUCGACAACUACCUUGGGCGCCACUCGAAAGCUCUAAAACAUCUUCAUUCGCUCAACGCCCAUGAUGAGCUCCGAGCAUAUGCCAUCAAGCAUGUUCUGUAUAAGGAAGCCAUUGAUGCCUACAAGUACCAGCCAGAGCAGCUGCGUGAUACCACCCACAUCUACGCUGACUACCUCUACGAUCAAUCCAAGUACAGGGAGGCGGGCAUAGCUUACGAGUCUCUCUCCCUCUACACGGAUGCAUACAAAUGCUACCAACGCGCGCAUCUCUGGCGGGAGUCCCUAUAUUGCGCCAUGAUGGUCCCCAUCUCGGAGGAAGAAUUGAAGAUCCAUGCACAGACAUUGGCGACAAGCCUGACGGAAGAGAGCCGUGAUUACGUCUCUGCAGCGCAUAUUCACGCCGAGCACUUGCGUGACGUCCCAGCCGCAGCUCGACUCCUCUGCCGUGGCUCCCGAUUCGCGGAUGCUACCCGGCUCCUCGCCCUGAACGACAAGCAGGAUCUCAUUCCGGAGGUGGUGGACACCGGACUGGCCGACGCCAUGGGAUCCAUGACGGAUCUCCUUGCCGACUUCCGAUCGCAACUGAAUGCUCAAGUGCCGCGGAUCCGGGAGCUGCGCGUCCGUCGCGCCACCGACCCACUGGCGUAUUUCGGAGGCGACCCGUCCACAGGGGACAUGGAGGGAGAUAUUCCGGAUAACGUUUCUCUCGCUCCAACGAACGCAUCCACCCUUGCUGGGCGCAGUAUAUUCACCCGAUACACGGGACAGAGUGGCAAAACGGGUCUGACCAGCUCCACGAGGAUGUCAGCGAAGAACAGACGGAAGGAGGAGCGGAAGCGUGCCAGCGGCAAGAAAGGCACCGUGUACGAGGAGGAGUAUCUGGUGAAUAGCGUGCGACGACUGAUAGAGCGGGCGAAUUCGACCGUACCGGAGGUCGAGACCCUUGUGGAUGCGCUCCUCCGACGGGGUAUGCGGGAACGGGCCGCCGUGAUCGAGAAGACAAUGCAGGAGGUGCUGAGUCUGUGUACUGAAAGUCGAGACGAAGUGAUUAAUUCUGUGGCCGAGGACGGACGUGGACAACUGAAUGAAGACCCCGAGGCCGGGAACCAGGGAGCAGACUUUGUCCACCUGGUGUCUGGGACCAGCUUUGCGUCUCUAAGUGUCCAAAUGCCUGUGGUCAAAAAGUUGAAGCAAUCAGCACUGCUGAACUGA